AUGGAGCCCCCAACCACCACACAAGAGCGCCAGCUCUGCGAAUUCCUUCGCGAUCUGCCGGCCCGCCACAACUACCGCUAUGAAGGGUCCGCCCCCAGUGACCUCCUCGAGAGCCUCUUCUGGUCCCUGGCCGGCGGCGAGCGCUACAUGGGCCUCCUCUUCCCCCAGGGCCGCCCCUCCCACGACAUGAAGCUCCGCGAUGCCCAGGGCGCCGUCGAGGGCGCCGAGUACACAGAAGCCGCCCGCGGCAAGCGGUGCGGCCACAUCUUCAAGCCCGGCGAGGCCUCGUACUCGUGCCGCACCUGCAGCACCGACGAGACGUGCGUGCUCUGCAGCCGCUGCUUCGACUCGACCGACCACCAGGGCCACAUGGUCCGCAUAUCCAUCUCCGUCGGCAACAGCGGCUGCUGCGACUGCGGAGACGACGAGGCCUGGCGCCGGCCCCUCUUCUGCACCAUCCACUCCGAGAAGGCCACCGAGAGCCGCGAGGACAAGGGCAAGCAGCCCGUGGGGCUGCCGGAGGACCUGGUGCAGAGCAUGCAGAUGACCAUUGGCCGCGUCUUUGACUACAUCUGCGACGUCAUCUCCUGUUCGCCCGAGCAGCUGCGCCAGGCCAAGUCGGCCGAGACCAUACGGCAGGACGAGCUCCUGUCGAGGCUGUCUCCCGAGGCAUACGGCGAGGGGCCCGUCGGCAACACCGAGUUUGCCCUGGUCCUGUGGAACGACGAGAAGCACACGGUCGAGGACGUGCAGAAGCAGGUCGCCAGAGCGUGCCGGACGACCGAGGCCGUGGGCCUGACACGCGCCACCGAGACGGACUUUUUGGGACGGAGCAUCCUCAACCACCUCGACGACCUCGACCGGCUGCUCGAGAUGGCGAAGAAGCUGGAGGAGAUCAAGGUCACGGUGACGAUUCGCUCUUCGAGGGACACCUUCCGCGAGCAAAUGUGCGGCACCCUCAUCGACUGGUUGAGCGACAUUUCUGGAUGCAGCGUCGGAAACGACCACCACAUUCUCCGCCAGCUCGUUUGCCAGGAGAUGAUGAAGCCGUGGCGCAAGGGCAGCCCUGGGACGCAUGCUGUCGUGGGAAAGAGCGGCAUUUACGACGAGGAGAAGCUGUUCAGGCAGGCUGAGAUGCAGAGCGCCAUGGCCCACCACUUUGUCCUGCAGAUGCUGCAGAUGCGAGGCAUUCCCGGCCAGCAGGACGAUGAUGACGACGGUGAGCUUACCGACGAAGACGACACAGACAUGGGCCGCGAAGAAGGCGGGCCGCCGUCCAGCGAUGGAGGCGACGGGGGCGAUGACGACGUCAUGAUGGUUGAUGUGAGGCCGGAUCCUGGAGAAAUGGGCAUCGACUGGCGAGGGUCAGACCAGGCUUUGGAAGAAGACGAGGCCACCAUGGCUGGGUAUCCUCCACCGCCGCCGCCCCCAGCUCAAGCCGCGCGCCGCGCGAACAGAGAGCGCGACAACACCCCCUCAGAUUCCGACACGGCGGACCCCCUCAUUGCCCCGGCUGUCUACGCCAAGGCGAACCUCGAGAUCCCCAAGACGCCCGGCAACACGGAAAAAACGCAAUCGCCCAAGCCAGGCAGGUAUUGGCUCGAGACGCCCCCGGGAUACAUGGACCGCGGCGAGAUGCCUCCUGCCGAAGACGUCUUCCAGAGGGUCCGUUUGGACUGGCUCAUCUUGUUUGAUCUGCGAAUGUGGAAGAAGGUGAGGAACGACUUGAGGUCGCUCUACAUCUCGACAGUUGUCUCGAUACCCGAGUUUAAGCGCAUCCUCGGUCUUCGAUUUGCCGGGCUUUACACAACGCUGGCUCAGCUCUAUCUCAUUGGAGACCGAGAGCCAGACCACUCCAUCAUCAACCUAUCCUUGCAGAUGCUCACUACGCCGAGUAUCACUGCGGAAAUUGUUGAACGGGGCAACUUCAUGACCAGCCUUCUCGCCAUUCUCUACACAUUCCUCACGACCAGGCAGGUCGGCUACCCCUGGGACGUUUCCUCCAACGCGGUCCUGGCAUUUGAUUCUGGGUCAGUUACCAACAGGCGCAUGUAUCAUUUCUAUCUCGACCUAAAGUACCUCUUUGGGUCACCCCAUGUGCAGGAGAAGUUGCGUUGCGAGGAACGCUACCUCCUUCAGUUCCUGGACCUGGUCAAGCUCCACCAGGGUAUCGGCCCCAACGUUCGAGCGGUGGGUGAGCAUGUCGAAUACGAGACGGACAGCUGGAUAACAGCUUCCUUGGUCACACGCGAGAUCAACAGGCUGGCUAAACAGCUCGCUGAUUCGUUCCGCAACGUUCCCGAGAACGAGGUUCAAUACGUUGCCCGGGCCAUCAGACUGACCGCCAAGACGGUUAUCCUCAACUCGCUUGGCGCCGAGCGUCACCGCUUCAAGCAGGCCGAGAUCAAGGACGAAGUCAAGUUCAAGACGCUGGGCGACUUUGAGUUUGUCCACGAGUCAGCCAGGUACGAUGUCGUCAAAUUUACCGUCGAGGAAGACCCCAUCAGUCUGCAUCAUGCCCUGCACUACACUCUGUCGUGGCUGAUUGAGUGCGGCAAGUCGCUGCCCGCAUCUAGCAUGCGGGCGCUGCUGAGUUUCACCCCUCAGGACCUGCUGCUCCAGCCCAAGUCUAUGGGUCGUAAGAGCACUGCAAGGCGUGACAAUACCCCCGAGGACCAUCUUAUGGCUGCGAUCGACUACCCGCUGCGAGUUUGUGCUUGGUUGGCUCAGAUCAAGGCCAACAUGUGGGUUCGCAACGGCAUCAGUCUUCGACACCAAGCGGCGACGUACCGCGGAGUCAACCAGCGCGAUGUGUCACACCACCGUGAUAUCUUCCUGCUACAGACCGCUAUGGUCAUUUGCGAUCCGAAUCGUGUGCUGACCGCCAUUAUCGACCGUUUUGGCAUGGAGAAGUGGGUGAAGGGCCUUUUCGAGCAGAAGCCCAACGCGCAGGAUGACAAUCAGCAUCUGGACGUUGUGGAAGACAUGAUCCAUCUGCUGAUUGUGUUGCUGAGCGAUCGGACAUCGCUGAUUACCGUCGAAGACGAGCCCAACCCAGGCACGUUGGCCAUUCGCCGCGACAUUAUCCACACGCUCUGCUUUAAGCCAUUGUCGUUCAACGAGAUUUCCAACAAGCUGCCGGAGAAGUUCCAGGAGCUUGAGGACUUCCACCGAAUCUUGGAUGAGAUGACAACUUUCAAACCCCCUGAAGGUGUUUCUGAUGUGGGCACGUUCGAGCUCAAAGACGAGUACCUUGAGUAUCUCGACCCGUACAUUGCCCAUUACAACAAGAACCAGAGAGAAGAGUCAGAAACGGCCUACCGCAAAAAGAUGGCCAGGAGGACAGGCAAGACCGUUGAGGAGAUUGUCUACGAGCCGAAGCUACGACCGAUCCCCUCUGGCCUGUUCAAGGACCUCUCGGCCUUCACCGGCGCCGGCAUGUUCGCGCAGACCAUCUACUAUUCGCUCCUGUAUCCCCUGGUCGCCGCCAAGUUCACUCCGACGGUACCAGGAACGCGCAUCGAGACCUUCUUGCAGGUUGUCCUGCACUUGGUUCUCAUCGCUGUAUCAGAGGACCGCACCAACGAGGACGACAUGACUGAAGAGUCGCUGAAGUCCUUCAUCUCCAUCGCCUUGUCACGGCCUGCCAGGAGCAAUUUCCUGCCAGAGGCUCCCAAUGCGAAGACGAUUGUGGCUCUGCUAGACAUGAUGUCGACGAAAGAAGAGUUCAAGGCAUGCCACCCCCGGAUCGGCCUCAUUCUCAAGCGGAUGCGCCAGAAGCGGCCUCGUAGCUUUGAAAAUGCCUACAUGCGCCUGGGUGUUUCUGUCGAUCGCAUCGAGACCGCCUCUCCGGCAAACAACUCGGCGGAGGAAGAGCGUGAACGCAAGAAGAAGGCGGCGCUGAGUCGCCAGGCCAAGGUCAUGGCCCAGUUCCAGCAGCAGCAAAAGAGCUUCAUGGACAACCAGGGCGAUGUAGACUGGGGCUCUGAUCUCGAAGAUGAUGACGCGCUGAAGCCGACCGAGGACCGUAAGAACACAUGGAAAUAUCCAACGGGGACUUGCAUCCUGUGUCAGGAAGACACGGAUGACCGCCGGCUCUACGGCACCUUUGCCCUGUUCAACCAGAGCUCGAUACUGAGACAAACUGAUCUCCAGGACCCCGACUUUGUACGCGAAGCGUUCCAUACUCCCGCCAACCUUGAUCGGUCUGCCGAAGACAUUCGCCCGUUCGGUGUGGCGCACGAGAACCGCCAGGAGGUGACCAAGGUCAAUGCGAACGGAGAGUCCUUCACUGCGGAGCGUCAAACCAUUGGAAAAGGCUUCCCCGCGAAGCUGUCCCGACCCGGCCCUGUCUCCAUCGGAUGCGGCCACAUGAUGCACUUCAGUUGCUUCGAGACGUAUGUCGAGGCCACGAACCGAAGACAUCAUCACCAGAUCGCACGCCAUCACCCGGAAGACCUGCGGCGGCGAGAAUUCGUCUGCCCUCUCUGCAAAGCCUUGGGCAAUGCAUUCCUUCCUGUCAUUUGGAAGGGCCAAGAAGAAUCUUACCCCAGCGUGCUCGACCAGGGCCCGCGAUCGUUUGCCGACUUUCUCGAGACGGAAAUGCGCAGUGCGUACUACGUCCGCGGGGCUACCCGGCCGCCUGACCAGGUCCAGUCCUCGUUCGCGCGGUAUACAAAGGACGCCGUCACGACGGCGCUCGCGGAGAAGGCAAGCCAGCUCUAUGAAGAGGCAUGGAGCACAGAAGACUCGGCCAGCGGCGAGCUGCCUCUUGUCACGCCGCUGAGCUCCAUGUUUUCGGCCAUGAACACGCCCAUGACGUCUCGUCGCUCAACUUCUAACGAUGCGGGCGGCCUCCUAGGCGAGCUCGUGCGGGUCUACCGCCGCCUGCGUGACACCGUGCAGAUGAACGGCUUCCAGACAAGGCAUCCCGUUGACCCAAGGGAGAUGCGGGAAAGGGACGAAAUCAUCUACAGUGACGUGCUGGUGCGGGUCGUAGGCAACUCCAUCGCGGCGACCGAAAUCCAGCAGCGAGGCGUGGAGGCCCAAAGUGGCCUGACGCUUCUGGAGAAGAUUCCGGAGCAGGUCUUGACGCACCUUCGAAUCCUCUCCGAGACGACGACUUCAUACAUUGCAGUCGGCGGCCUCAAGGCGCGCGGCGACAACCGCGUCGAGGAGGAAUUCCGAAGAGACAGCGAGAGGCAGCACUGCCAACUGUUCAUGUCGCAAUAUUUCGGAGAGGAGACGGACAACACUCGUCGUCCCGUCGACAUUUAUCCCCCGCUGAUGAGCCAGGACAGCUUCCUCUUCUUCAACGAGUGUUGUUUCGGUCUCGUUCAGGCGCACGAUUACGACGUCAACCACAUUCUCAAGCUUUGCUACCUCGCCGAGAUUGUCAAGGUCGUCUAUCACAUGAGCAAGAACAUUCCGUCCCACGUCUGGGUCGGCUAUCUGGUCAACUGCCAAGCGCGAGACGCGUCGCUCAAGCACUUUGCUGAGUUCUGUCUGGCCAUUACGAGAAUGGCCAUGGACAUCAACGCCGCGCCUUCUGACGUGGGGUCCGACUUUGACCUCAGCAACACGGCAUUUGGCCAGCCGGAGCUCGACAGCCUAGAGAGCUACUACGCCUUUGUCAAGAAGUACGCCCAGGUCUUCCUGCGCAAGUCGGUCGUGCUGCUGUACGUCAAGUACGGCGUCGACUUCAACAGCCACGUGUCGCCGGCGCCCGAACAGGACGAGCUCGAGCGGCUCUCGGAGGCCCUGCAGCUGCCCGACUUUGACAAGAUGGUCGCCUCGCUGACGGAGCACGGCCCGCACGCCGGCUGGUCGCCCUCGACGUCGGCCCUCGUCAGCGGCUGGGUCCGCCACCAGAUCCUGUGGCCCGGGUCGGUCGAGGAGAAGGAGCUGCCGGCGUCGGCGCAGCUCAGCCACCCGGCCAUCUUUGAGCUCGUCGGCCUGCCCAAGACGUUUGACACGCUCAUCGAGGAGGCGACGAAGCGCAAGUGCCCCUCGACCGGCAUGGACGUGUCGGACCCCAUGAUCUGCCUGCUGUGCGGCGACGUCUUCUGCGGCCAGGCCGUCUGCUGCCUCAAGGAGGAGGCGGUGCCGGGCGACCGGGAGCCGCAGCGCAUCGGCGGGUCGCAGCAGCACAUGCGGAAAUGCCAAAAGAACAUUGGCCUCUUCCUCAACAUCCGCAAGUGCUGCAUCUUCUACCUCUUCCGCAUGUCGGGCUCGUACAGCAGCGCGCCCUACAUUGACAAGUACGGCGAGACGGACCUCGGCCUGCGCCACGGCCGGCAGCUGUUCCUGAGCCAGCGGCGGUACGACUCGAUGCUGCGCAACACGUUCCUCAGCCACGGCGUGCCGAGCUUCAUCAGCCGCAAGCUCGAGGCCGAGAUCAACAAUGGCGGGUGGGAGACGAUUUAG